AUGGACUCCAGUCCGGAUUCUCUCAUCGGUUACGAUUUCGAAUUCUCUCAUCGGUUACGGUUUCUUUCAUGGCCAGAACCCAUCGUCCGAGUUCAGUCCUUAGCCGAGAGCAAUCUCACCACCCUCCCCGACCGUUACAUCAAACCCCCGUCUCAACGCCCUCAAACCACCACCACCAACCACAAACCGGAAGCUGCCACCAUAAAUAUCCCAGUCAUUGACCUAGACAGUCUCUUCUCCGGCAACGAAGAAGACAAGGAGAGGAUAUCUGAGGCAUGCCGUGAGUUUGGUUUUUUCCAGGUGAUCAACCAUGGGGUGAGGCCGGAGCUUAUGGACGCGGCUAGAGAGGCAUGGAAAAGCUUCUUUAAUUUGCCUGUCGAAGCCAAAGAAGUUUACUCAAACUCCCCAAGGACCUAUGAAGGAUACGGAAGCAGAUUGGGUGUGGAAAAAGGAGCAAUUCUUGAUUGGAAUGAUUAUUACUAUCUCCAUUUUCUUCCUCUUUUCUUGAAGGAUUUCAACAAAUGGCCUUCUUUACCUUCCAACAUUAGAGAAGUGGUAGAUGAGUACGGCGAGGAGCUAGUGAAGCUAGGCGAGAGACUUAUGAGGUUAUUAUCGUCAAACUUGGGACUAAAAGAAGAACAACUUCAAGAAGCAUUUGGUGGUGAAGACGUAGGUGCAUGUAUGAGGGUAAACUAUUACCCGAAAUGCCCUCGACCGGAGCUUGCCCUAGGCCUCUCCCCUCAUUCCGAUCCCGGCGGCAUUACCAUCCUUUUGCCGGACGAUCAAGUCGUCGGCCUUCAAGUCCGUCACGGUGAUACGUGGAUCACCGUCAAUCCUCUCCGCCACGCUUUUAUCGUCAAUCUCGGCGAUCAAAUUCAGAUACUAAGCAACUCAAUAUACAAGAGUUCGGAACAUCGAGUGAUAGUGAAUUCGCAGAAAGAAAGGGUUUCACUUGCAUUCUUCUAUAACCCUAAGAGUGACAUUCCAAUCCAACCACUGCAACAACUUGUAUCACCUACUAAUCCUCCUAUAUAUCCUCCCAUGACCUUUGAUCAAUAUAGACUCUUCAUUAGAACUCAAGGUCCACGUGGAAAAUCCCACGUGGAGUCUCAUAUAUCCUCUCGUUAA